AUGAAAUUUUCAUCCUUCCAUUCAUUGUCUGAUGGAAGCUAUAAUUUGGAAAACAGAAAGCUUGUUAUACUGAUCAGUGUUUUCAAUAUGCUUGAGGACAACCUUUCUGCGAUUGAUAUCCUCUCUGCGUGCAAUCUUGUGAAUUAUUUUGGGAAAAUGAUUCUUGGAGGAUCUGGUGUCGGUCAGAUCACCCUCCAUCCUAUUCUUGUCAGGAAGGGUUCAACAGCUGUAGCUCUAUAUGGCUUAGGUAACAUCAGAGAUGAAAGGCUCAAUAGAAUGUUUCAGACACCACAUGCUGUACAAUGGAUGCGACCUGAAUCAAAAGAAGGGUGUCCAGUGUCAGAUUGGUUCAACAUUCUGGUUCUCCAUCAAAACAGGGUAAAGUCAAACCCUAAAAAUGCAAUAAAUGAGCACUUCUUGCCACGGUUCCUGGACUUCAUAGUAUGGGGGCAUGAGCAUGAGUGCCUGGUUGACCCUCAGGAAGUUCCAGGGAUGGGCUUCCAUAUAACUCAACCGGGAUCUUCUGUUGCAACUUCUCUAAUUGUUGGGGAAGCAAAGCCAAAGCAUGUCCUUCUCUUAGAAAUUAAGGGUAAUCAAUACCGUCCAUCUAAGAUUCCGUUGAAGUCAGUGAGACCUUUCGAAUAUGCUGAGGUUGUACUAAAGGAUGAGGAGGGCAUUGAUCCCAAUGAUCAAACGUCCAUUCUUGAACAUUUAGACAAAGUGGUUGGAAAUUUGAUUGAAAAAUCAAGCAGAAAGGUUGUCAGUGGAUCAGCGGUAAAGCUUCCAUUAGUCCGAAUAAAGGUACAUUACUCUGGGUUUAUGACAAUAAAUCCUCAAAGGUUUGGACAAAAGUAUGUGGGGAAGGUUGCAAAUCCACAGGACAUUCUUAUUUUCUCAAAGGCUAGCAAAAGGCAUCAAUCUCAUGGAGCGAAGAUUGAGGAUUCUGAGCGACUUCGCCCAGAAGAACUGAAUCAACAAAAUAUAGAGGCUCUGGUUGCUGAAAGUAAUUUGAAAAUGGAGAUACUGCCAGUUAAUGACUUGGAUGUUGCUUUACAUGAUUUUGUUAACAAGGAUGACAAGAUGGCUUUCUACUCUUGCUUGCAGUAUAAUCUUGAAGAAACACGUAACAAAAUUUGUCAAGAAUCAGAUACCCUUAAAUUUGAAGAGGAAGAUUUGGUCGUUAAAGUUGAGAAGUGCAUGCAGGAACGUGUAAAGGAAAGGUCUACGAGCCAGUUCUCAUCCAUUUCGCAGUCCGUACAGGAUGGCAGAGAUAGAAGUAAAACCAGAGGUGGAAGUCAAGUUUCAUUUAGUGAUGAUGAAGACACCACCCAAAUGCCCUCAAGCUCAAAGCCUACUGCCAGAGGCAGAAAACAAUCUCAAGCUUCCAGGUCGUCUCAAGAUGCUUCAGAACUUGGUAAAAGCAGAAGUACAAGAGGCAGGGGUAGGGGUAGGGGCAGGGGCACUAGUAACUUAAAGCAAACAACUCUUGAUGCUAUGAGAAUCCGCCAUUCUGAGAGAUCUGCUUCGAUUUCCACAUCUGCUGCAGUUCGCAGUAUUGUGGAGGAAGAAGAGGAUGUGGAUUCUGCUUCAAAUGAUGAACUGGAGGGACAUGAAAUAGAUGUUGUGGAGGGAAGUUCGGAGAAUGAAGAAAAUCUCGUUGGUAGAGGACGGAAAAGAGCUGCCCCAAGGGGCAGGGGCAGGGGGCGCUCAUCGUCCUCCAAGCGAGGAAGGAAAUCAGAUAAUUCUUCCAUUCAGAAGUUUCUCAUGAACCAGGAUGAUGAUGAUGAUGAUGAUGAUGACAAUGACAGGGGAAGCAAGAUAAAGAAGGAUCAACCACGGGUGACACGAAAUUAUGGUGCUUUGAGGAGAUGAUCACCACUGAGUUAGGUUUAGUUUGUUCUUGAGGGUUUACUCGUUACCGUCUCAAUUUAUGUGUGAUUACUUUUUGAGGAGCCAGUCAUUGAACUUUUAGGCAUGCACAAUAUGCUAGGGCCAGGCCUAAAAUGACCAUAGAAGUAGUGAGAAAUGACAUGCAUGGUCUAGGUCUUGUCCAAGUAUGACCUUAAAUAGAGCCGAUAGGAGAGCAAUGAUCCAUGUAACCGAACUCAUUUAGCUGAGUUUUUCCUGACGUUCUGGUGUUGGGCUUCUUUCCUUUUACUUACAUUUGUCCUAAUUUUUGCACAGAUCCAUGUAGCCGACCCCAUUAAGUUGGGAUAUAAAGUUGUGUUUGUUGUUGCACAAUAUGAUGUGGCAUGCGAGUUGAAAGUGUAAUUUCUUCUCCCUGCCAUUUGAUCUUCUCAUUUAUGAUUGUAAAUAAUUGGUAGCAACCUUUUUAUUUUGCAACAUAAAAGUUUUAGCUUUUCUCCAACGCUAGUUGAAAAGCAGAUUGUUAGAAA